GCUUUUGUGAAUGACUUACCAGUGAUAUCCAAAAAAAAAAAACAAAAAAACAACAACAACAAGUGUAUAAAAUCCUCUCGCUUCUUUUGGCCUUCCCACGCACUCAGCUAGCCAACUUCAUCCCUUGAACAUUUAACAAACGCAAAAACCCAAGUAAGCCAGAGUAGAUUCAAAGUCAAGUCCACCAGACAACAAGACCGCCAUCUACCCACACAGCGGAGGAAAGAAUAUGUGUCGACGUCAUAUGCAUUGCAAGGCGGAGGAUGAGUGGGCUCGUGAAUACCACGCAGAGUCUUUUGCAUUGCCCUCGUAUCCUCGGAGCCAUCCUCCUCCAGAAGAACUUAUACAUGAGGAGCGAGUGUAUGGGUUAAGAAGUGUGGAAAUCGUUUGAAGGAUCUGGAAUCGUCGAAACGCCUUGAGUGGUGCGGGAAGUGUGAGAAGCCUCCGAUUCAUGGCCCAGUUCGGCAGUUAAUUAACCACUGAAGCAGUGGCGAUCCUGAGCUGAAUCCUGAA